AUGCGGAUCACUCGAAAUGCCCCUGUUUGGGCACUUGGUAUUUCAUCCAUCAUAGAUCUUGGCAUAGCAGCAGAACCAAGAGGGACAAUUGUUUACGCGGAGACUUCCUCUACACAACCCAGCCAAGACUCGCAAUCAUGCUUCACCCUGUCUGAAUCUCAUCCGACAGUGACAUUAGAUUAUGGCACCGAAGUCGGCGGCUUCCCCCUAUUUCAAGCCAAGUCUAUAUCAGGCCCGGUGCAAAUCGAAGCUAAAUACACCGAGGCCAAAAAGGGCCUGGAAAAUGUAUCUGGCGACGGUCCCUGGACGUUCAGCAAUGGUCUCUCUAACACCUUCCGGGUAGAGACCUUCAGUGUCUCCGAACCUGGGCAUAUUGAAUCCUACUUCAUCCAGGGAGGUCUGCGCUGGCAGCAACUACGUCUUCUGAAUGAACAGGGCACUAUCCAGAUCUGCGGUGCGGGGAUUCGCUCUUUGAAUGAUCGGACGGCAGUGGAUUCCUUGCCUGGUUAUUUUGAAAGUUCGAACUCCUUGUACAAUGAGAUCUGGGCUUUGGGUCCGCGAACUGUGCAGCAGGCUUGUAUUGAGAAGGGGGCUGCGCCUUCGACGUGGGAGGUUACUCCGGAUGGGGUUCUCUUGCAUGGACAGCAGUCGGCGCAAUCGGUUCUUGGAACUACCUUUUCGAAUUAUACUCUAUCUUUCAUGACCAAAAUUGUUCGCGGCGGUACGGGCUGGAGAAUCGCGAAUGGUGUUCUUGGUUUUGGUCCUUCGUUCGUUCUGACGACUGAUUAUGCGUCUGGGUCGACAUUCAUCAAUACCAACAAGACGCUUCUGCCGGCGAAUACACUUGCUGUGGCUUAUGGGUGGAAUCUGGUGAAUCAGACCAGUUUGGAGGGUGGUCCGGUGUCGUACUACUCUCUGCCGGUGGAUGUCAAAGAGGGACAGUGGAUUCAGAUCUCAACUACUAUCAAGUCGACUGGCUAUGACGUGUCGAUCAACAACUCUUCGGCAAUUCAUGUUCCGCUAUCAGUUCUUCAGCCGACAUACAACUACCUUGGAUCGGCCGCUGAUGAGUACAGCGGCACAUGGGGAUUCGGACCCUAUCAAGACCAGGUGUCUUAUGUGAAGGAUGUGGAAGUACACGCCAAAAAUGGCACCCUUCUCUAUCGCAAUUCCAUGACCAGCACUGCUGUUCUUGAGGAAUACGGCGUCAUGCCGAACCAGCAUUCCGUGUGUUUGGAUGGUGCAAAGCGCGACCGACUGGUCUGGUCUGGAGACUUUAGCCAUACUUCUCGAGUCAUUGCUGCAAGCACAUACCGAGAAGAUUUCAUCAACGGCACGCUUGCCUAUCUACUCGAUAGACAGAUGACAUCCGGCGAGUUUUCCGGAUAUUUCUCUAUGUCUCCUUCAAUGGGACAGUCCUCCAAAUACACGUCAACAUACAACUCUGUCGGUCUGGAAGAUUAUCAAAUGCUCUUAUUAAAUGCAUUUGCCCGGUACCACCUUGACUUUGCGGACCAAGACUUCCUGGAGAAAUAUUGGUCCCAUGUGAAGACAGGAGUCACAGCUCUUCUUCCUCUAGUCGAUAGCUCGUCAGGCCUUGCAUCGGGAUCAUUCUUCCUCGGCGCUGCAAAUGGCACGGCAGCAUCUUCCCUCUUCGUCUAUACCCUCAAUCACAUGGCAGAAAUAGCAGAGAAUGCCGGCGAGACCGAUACAUCUGUACAUUGGAGAUCCAUCGCCGCAAGCAUGAGCAAGGCCAUUAACAAGAAGCUCUGGAACAACAAGCUAGGCACAUAUGGUAUCAGCACCACAUCCCUCAACGAGACCUCAAUCGCCGGCACAGCCUGGGCGAUUCUCGCGGACGUUGCAGACUCAACCAAAGCCGAAUCAGCCAUCAGAGCCUUAUCCACCCUCCGAAAUGGAAUCGGAUACAAAACCCUCUCAACUUCUGAAUCAAGUGCAGAACUUUCCCCAUUUAUUUCCGGCUUCUUGUUAGAAGCUCUAUUGAAACAUUCCCGAAAUAGCACCGCACCCUCGGCCGCCACUGACACCGCAAUCUCAGCCCUCCUCUCAGGACUCUGGCCUGCAAUGAUCACGAACAAUGAGUACUACACCGGCACAAGCUGGGAGUAUGUGUUCCCUGAUGGUCGUCCGGGUCUGGAUUUGUAUACUUCGCAUGCGCACCCCUGGGGCGGGGCGCCGACAUUCGUCUUCACUGAGUAUGUUCUCGGUGUCCAAGGCGCUGCUCCUGGUCUCUCUGAAUGGACUUUCCAGCCUGCGGUGCGCACCCCGGGUGUUUCUUGGGCGAAGGGUCGCGUUCCUACUCCUCAUGGAUCUAUUGAGGCAAGUUGGAAAGUGAGAAAAGAUACGAGGAGGGUUGAUUUGAGAGUUUGCUCGCCUCAUGGAACGAAGGGGACUGUUGUUUUGCCUUUUGCUGUAGAAUCUGCUCAGGUCAAUGGACAGAAGAAAGAUGUUGGUUCUGCUCCUGGCUUUGAGCUGGGAGUUGGUGGUGGGAAGUGUUCCAAUAUCACACUCACGCUUGUCAAGGCUCUGUGA